GACCAAUCAAACUACAAAUCCCAUAAUGUAGCUAUUCCGUUUCCUUGGAGACCAGUUGUUGUCUCCUCGACGAGUAAACGUUAAGCUAAUGCUAAUUUUCCCUUUAAAACACGUACAUCUGAGUAAAAUAAGCCCAGGAAUUUGACUCUGUUGUCCACAUUUGCUGAGUUUGAUGGUAAGCGUUUGGUUCUUGUAAAUAAUUUAUGAAGGUCUGAAUAUGUAUGGUGCUCCUGUGGAUUUAUCUUUUAAAAACAUCAUCUGUUUGGCAGACACAUGGAAAGAAGAACCAAACAUUGGUCUACGACCUGUGAAGAAAAAUUCAGAUAUGAAGUAUGAAAGCUGCUCCCUGCGUCUCAAUAACAACAACAUCUCUGAACUUCAUGACCUCCAGGGUACUGUCAGUCAUUUCCUGGCUGAGCCAUCACAGCUCACAUGGCUGGAUCUGUCCUUCAAUAAAAUCUCACACAUUGAUCAAGUUUUGUGUGAACUGCAUGAGCUGCGUGUAUUGUAUCUUCAUGGCAACAGCAUUUAUAUUCUAUCAGAAGUGAAUCGGCUGGCGGUACUCCCACAUCUACACAGCAUCACACUUCAUGGAAAUGUCAUAGAAACCCACAAAGCAUACAGGAACCGCGUGAUUUCUGCCUUGACUCACCUAAAGAGGAUGGACUUCAGUGCUGUGACACGCCAGGAGCGAGAGCUGGCAAAGAUUUGGCAUCAUAGCAACAACCGCAGCAGAGGCAGCAAGGAGACACUCCAGUGACAGCAGGCUAAUCUCCAUUCCCCACCGCUACAGCUCUAAAAUAGUUAUUAUUUUGUGUUAACAGUUAACUUUGAAUCCAAUUUAUCUGAAAUGGAAAUAUAUGUUGUCAGAUUGUCCCAC